AUGACCGAAUAUGUGACGGCCCAUAAUAACCUCACCGACCAGGUACAGCAGCUGCAGCAACAAGUUACAGCACUAGACUCUAAAAUGAUGGAUGCAGAAAAUCGAGCCAGGAGAAAUAACCUCAGACUAAGAGGAGUGCCCGAGACAGUGUUUCAAGAUGACUUUCCUGCAUAUGUCCGCAGCCUUAUGGAUACACUGGCACAGGACAUUCCGGCAGAGAUGCUGCUGCUUGACAGGGUACAUUGUGUACCACGCUCCAGAUACCUACCGGACACAACACCACGCAAUGUCCUGCUGAGAGCUCACUAUUACAACAUUAAGGAACUAAUCCUGAAGAGCAGCCACAUGCGGAUCCAACUACCCUUUAAAUAUGCCACGGUAAAACUUUUUACAGACCUAUCUGCAGCCACCCUGCGGAGAUGCAAAGCCUUCAAUCAAGUGACAACGCUCUGA